UAUUAAACGCAUGCAUCAACGCAUGUACUCAGUUGGUUAUGGCCAGUCACCAAGGAAACAGACGGCGCACAUAACGGUCCGAUUUGAAACAUUAAAAUAAUCUUAAUAAUAACAUUAAUUCAUAACCGCCGCAUUGAGUACCUAUUAUUAGCGCAUUUCUCAUCAAAUCGGUUUUUUACGAAAACUGUAUACAUUUUUUUUUAUAUAUUUAUAUAUAUUUACAUAGCCGUUAUAUCUAAUUACAUAUAUAAACGUCGUUUGUUGUUAUUCUUCAUAGUAUUAUUUAACCGUUUUGGCGUUUUGCAUUUCACUGACCGCUCCGCAAGUCUGUAAAAAGUUUAAACUUUAUACGUUUACCAAAAGAAUAAAACCUUCUUACAUCGCCUCUCCAUUAACAUAAUAUAUAUAAUUGCACUUAAAAAUACUAGAAAAUGGCGUCACCUUCUACCGCGUUGGUGAUUUUUGGAUUUUUUUUGAUCUGGUCUACAUGCUUAGCUGACCCUAUCGCGAUGGAUAACUGCUGGCGGAAAGUGUGGUCUCUGACGCCCUCAUGUAGCGGAAUGGACAGUUCUUCAGACAGUCCAAGGCUGUGCGUUUUUCAGUCAAAAUGUGAUAAUGCAUCGAGACCAAACGCAUGCACAAUUGAGUUUAUUAGUUAUGAAGAAAAUUAUCCGAUCAAAGCAAUGGAGAUUCCAGAAAGCCAAGUGCCGAUAUCACAACCUAGAAGGUCCACGAAUGCUGAAGCUUGGAUUGGAGGUUUAGUGGCAGUUGGCAUUAUAAGUUUAUCGGGGCUCGUUGGUGCAAUAUUUUGGCCACUACUCAAUGACCCAAAUCGAAAGAAAACUGUCAUGAGAAUUCUUUUGGGUUUAGCCACAGGGUCAUUAUCAAGUUCAGCUGUAUUCCAACUUCUACCAGAAGCGUUCAAAAUAGCAGAGUCGUUUCCCGACUUUAGACACACGGCUCUUAUAAUGUGGUUGAGCUUGUGGGGAUUAUACAUGAUCGAAACGUUAGCCGGCAUCAUUUUCUACAAAGAAGAAAAGAAGAUCGGCAUCGACGAACUAUCGCCGUCACUUCAGCUCAACAAUGGCAAUGGGACAGAAAUGAAACAAAUAUCGCAAGGUCACGGUCACGGUCAUAGCCACAGUCACAAAUUGACAAAUAAAUCUACGGACGGCAAGAGCCCGAUUUCGACGUUAGCUCUAUUGGUGCUUUUCGGCGACAGUCUACACAACAUAAUCGAUGGCAUGUCGAUCGGUGCUGCGUUCUCGGAAAAUGUUACAACCGGCAUUUCCAUAUCGAUUGCAAUUGCGUGCGAGGAAUUCCCUCAUGAAAUCGGAGAUUUCGCUAUAUUAAUUCAGUCCGGCAUGUCGUUCCGUCGUGCUUUAUCAUUUAAUUUCCUGUCGGCUUGUACAGCGUUUAUAGGUUUGGUGAUUGGUAUUUGUUUGGGAAACAUGGAAUAUUCUGGGUUUGUAUUCGCUUUCGCCGGUGGACUGUUCCUGUUCAUUACCUUAACACAUUUGACACCAGAAAUGAAGAGUAUGAUCGAUGAAAAUCUGAUUGAAAGCAAGACGUCUGCAUAUAUUGGACUGUUAUUGCAAAACAUUGGGAUGCUGACCGGCGCUACUCUGAUGUAUCUAAUCACGUUUUCGGAUUUCAUGAAAAUUUAAUGAUAUAUAAAUAUACCUAAAUAUUUAUCGUACAUUAUUCUUUGAACGUCUGGUGGAGGGUUUUACGAAAUUUAACAUAUUUAUAUAUUUUUUAAUUAUCACUAGCUACGUUCAUUGUACAAUAAUAUUGCUUCAAUAUUAAACAUAAUAACUAAUGCAAAGGAGUGGUUGGCUCAAUAAGUUAGAAGUAAAUAAUAGGUAUGAAAACGAAGUUAAUAGUUAUUAUAUUUUUUAUUUAUUUAAUUUAUAUAGUAUGUAAAAUAACGACAGACGUCGUCUUGUGAUAAGUUUUUAAAAUUUAAUGUAAAUUUCAUAUACUUUUAAUAUCGUUGGUUAUUACAAAGAAAUAUUUUAUUUUUUAACGUAGUUUUAUAAGAAAUAUAUCAUAUUAUCAUUAAUUUAUAAGUACCUGGUAAAUCAAUUUUUACGGUAUUCAUCGGUUGUGAUUUUGAUUUUUUGAAUCAGAUGAUUUCGUUAGUAUUUUGUAAGAAUAAUUUGUUUAAAUAUGUUUAACUAGAAUCAUUACUAAAAUCGUUAUAAAUUAUAACCAGCACCCUUCUUUUAAUUUAUUAUUCAUACCAUUACCAUUAUAUAUUUACAAUUGUUAAAUUAUGCGUUUUUUUUACGUAGGCAAUGAAGUAUUCAUUGAACUUAAAGGUUCAACUGCAUAGUAUAAUUAAAGAAAACCUUUUUUAAAUAUUUAAAUCACGUUUGUAACGUUAACUUAAUAUUAUUAUAAUAAAAUUAAAGUUUUCGAUUUAUAUAUUAAUUCAAAAUGCAUGGUCAUAGUACCUAUAUGUAACUGCCUUACAACUUAAAAUAUUUCAUACGUACGUUGACUAAAUUCAACCAGUCCAAAGUAGACAUUAUUCAUAUUCAAAAUUAUUUUUUAUUUUUUUUAUUGUUUUUACAUUUUAGAUAUCAAAACCUCGUGUUUACUUUAUAAGUUAAUUACCGAAUGGUGAAAUCUUUCACAAAUUUAAAAUGUUUUUAUAUUAAUUUUAUAUGAUACAAUAUUAUAGUUCAACUAUAUAUUAUAUUAUAGUCAGGUCCUGACUUGCGUGUUUAAAAAGCUCAUUAGCGGAUUGGAAUUUUGACAACUUCCAUAAAAAUCUAAAUUAUAAAUUUCACUUUAAGCUAUUGCUCAUCUCAUUUAACCCUUAAUCCGGGUAUCGAAACGUAUUUUAAAAGAAUCUUAAGCUACAUAAUAUAUACGGAUACGAUAAAUUUUUUUUUAGAAAUAACCAUUUGAAGUAUUGAUUUAAUUUUAAAGUAUUUUGCUUUUUAUAACGUUGGAUAAUAUUUUUUAUAAUCAAUAUACAAGUAAAUUUAAAAUUUUUAAACUUUAAGGUAUUCCAUCUUAAAUUAUUAAUUUGUUAGAUUGAUCGGAAAUUAGAAUAAUGUAUGAAAUGUAUUUAAUUUUAAAUAAUUACCUAAGUCCAAUAUAUUAUUUUUAUUCUAUGUUGAUUUUUAAACUGUAUGUAAUUGUAUUGAGUAUUUUAUUAAAACUGUGUACAUAAACUGUAUAGUGUAUAUUAAAUUAAUUGUGUUAAAUAUUAUUUUAAGAUAGACAUUAGAAUAUUAUAGAGUUUUUAGAAUGUGAAGCUGUACCAAUCAAAACAUUAAUUGGUAAAACAUUUAAAUUUUUAAAUUAGUUUAAUAGUUUGAUAAAUAUUUGGUUGAACAUUUAUAUUGAUACUUGUACAAAAAUCAUAUUAUUUCAUAUGUUUUAUUGUUUUAAAGGUAUUUUGUCAUUAUAUUGUUUUACCAUUUUUA